CUGACCUCAAUGCCCAGGAGCCCACAUGUCUGAACCAACUAUCCCCAGACGCAUCCUAAGCCUUGCAGUGCUAGCCAGCUCUUGCCCCGUGAAUCCUCAAUCAUGAAUUCGUCACUAUCCCUAAAACAGUCCCUAAGGCAGACCGUCGGGGCCAUAUCGACUGCCUCCAAUAGUGUUAGCCAGCUCUUGCCCCCUGAAUCCUCAACCUGGUACUCGUCGGUUCCCUUCAACCACCAUCCAAGCCAGUCCAUCGGGGCUAAAUCGAGAGCCUCCUACAGGUCUCGGAGGAGUAUCGUGAACACAGCGUUGGAACUGGCAAAGCAGCACACAGGCGACUCUGCCCAUCUCACAACGAUCGCGGGAGAUGUGUACUGUCAUAUUUCUGGGACCCUGGGAGACACCAAGUACAACGCCUUCUGUACGGACUGCACACUCGUGACGAUCAACUACUGCGAGAGGGCUCUCGAGCAAGUUGCGCAAAUCAGUGUCCAGGGGCUACAAGAUGCCAGCGGAGGGUCCGAUGUGUCGGCGGCACAGGUCCAGAAAAUCAAGGAGAUGCGGGGUUUGAUUAACCACGACUACCUGGUCCUGGAGCUGGAGAGUGGCGGUGCCGCAAAGCUACAUAUUCUUGCGGAGAAACUAACAGGGCGUGCACAAGAAGUUGGCAUCCACAUAGAAGCGCUGGUCGACAAGUCAGAAGUUGACUACCGUCUUCACGAAGGCGUCCGCCUCUACGCUAUGCAGUGCCGGACGAAGAUCGGAUUAUCCAAGAUCGAAGAGAUUUUAAAGGGAGCUACCGAUGCUCAUUACAACUUGAAAGACAACAAUUGCUGGGACUACGCAUUUGCCGCAACGCGUCGGCUGCUGAACGAGUGCACGGCGUGUGUAGGCCCUGAGUCACCUGAGUACAACAGGUUGAAGCAGAUGCAUGACAACCUGGAAGGUGAUCUGAACCGAAAGUCUAUUAAGGCAACCUUGAAGACGGCGUGUGAGUAUAUCAGAAGCUCCUACAUCUCUUGAUGUAUGUGCAGUAGGAGAAUAUGAAGCAGACGUUACAUGUAAUCAUAUGUGCCAAAGCCGAGAAGUAGAUGCUGUACUAAGUAGUGACUAUGAUAGCUUGCUAUUUGGAUGUCCUCAUCUAAUAAAGGACAUCUAUAUGAUAGAAGGAUACGCAGAUGUUAUAACACUACAGAGUAUAUGCAGAGAAUAUAGUGCAAUACGCUCUUGAGACGUUCCAGAGACAUUUCGCAGUGGUCCAUUUAUUAUCCGGCAGCUAGGCUCUGCACCCAUGUGCUUCGCACACUCAACCCUUGUCCCAUCGACGGGCAAGAAGAAACACGGUCCUAGUUCACCUUCUGUACAGACUGACAGGUGCUGUUAAAUAACGAGUCUGUUUCUGCCUUGGUCUGUAGAUCCUCCUCUGAGGUAUGCUCGUUGGACAUGCGUUUUAUGGAGGACGUUUAAAAGUGUUACAUGUCGGAGUUAUCUGUAAACUCGCUCCGUGGUUGAUUGUGCUGCAGCCACCGCAUGCCCCAGAA